ACGUCGUGAGGUUGGUUGGCGUUCAAGUCCUGAAUUGGUGAACUACUUAGAAAACAUGGAGCUCCAAACUACAAAUCGAGUCAAGGGGGGUCAUUUCUGUAUUGCUCCUGGAGGCAGUAAAGAAUUUUACAGAGUUAAAAACCGAGGGAAGAUCGUCCACUUUCAUGUUUAACAAUCAAGCGGGAAGUGGUUCUUCGUCGUUGGUUAGCGGCAAUGAAAUCCUCCAGGUAGCCGUGAUGCUAGGGUUUGUAGUGAGCACUUCAUAGAAGAAGACUGUGCAGGAGAGGGUCUUUGAGGCAGACGUGUUGGUGGCUCGUCGGUCCGUCGUGCUAGCAAAGACGCAGCUGCACGCCGCAGGGAACGAGCCCAGCGGGUCACACACCUGGCAGAGCAGAGAGAGUUUGUGUCCCGCAGAGAAGGAUCAUGGAGCCUGAUGAGGAGGCCGCCGCCGCCAUGUCCGACCAGGCCUCUGGAUGCCCCGGUCGAGUGAAGAGCCUCCAUGUGCUCACCACCAAGUUUGUGGAGUUAAUGCAACAAUCUGAGGGAGGACUGCUGGACCUCAGAGAUGCUAUCGGGCUCAUGGCUAUCGGACAGAAAAGGCGAAUAUAUGACAUCAUAAAUGUGUUGGAGGGCAUUGGACUCAUUAGGAGGAUGUCCAAGCGCAUUGUAAAGUGGAUCGGUACGAUGCCAGAACAGAAUGAUCUCCAGUUAAACCACAGACUGACACAGUUAAAGUUGGAGGUGAGGGACCUGGAGCAGAUGGAGUUUAUGUUGGAUCUGCAGAGACUGUGGGUCGAACAGAGCAUCAGAAACAUGACAGAAGACUGCAGCAAUCUGACUUAUGUGAAUCACGAAGAUAUCUGCAACUGCUUCAGUGGUCACACACUCCUGGCCGUACGAGCACCGCCUGGCACACAGUUAGACGUUCCCAUACCCAAAGCUACCCAGAACAGUCCAGCAAAGUACCAGAUCCAUAUGAAAAGCAUCAGUGGACCCAUAGAUGUCGUACUCCUUAACAGACUAUCUGCUGGCUCUGCUCCUGUUGUACUGCCGGUCCCGCCGCCAGAAGAAAUUUUACGGAAUGCCAAAAUAGCAAUGUCCUCACAUGUGACAGAAAGCAGUGCAAAAUCAAGACAGGCGGCCAUAGAGGACAUGCAGCAUCAUCAUGCAUCUCCGCUUAUUAACACUGAGCUCAACAGAAUGCGUUCACCUUUAUUGCGAAAUCUAUCAAAGGAACUGAGGGACCUACUAGACCCAUCCAAAGAAAUAAUGAAUACUCAAAUAAUCACAAAGCUUGUGACCUCUGAAGUUAUUUCUUCACUCUUCCGAGCACCACCCCCGCCACCAGCUGAGCGUGAAAACCUGUAUAAUCUGGAUGGAAGUGAAAACCUAUUUGACCUCUACUCAAUGUUUGACCAUAAACUGUUGUAAUAAGACUUCAAAGUUAAAGUCGAAAAGAGCAGUCUGUUUUUAAAUAGUUACUUGAUUUUACA